AUGUCCGCCUCCAUCAGCGCUGUCAGUAGCCCAGUCUCUGUGUCCGCCUCCAUGAGUGCUGUCAGUGCUCUGCCGUUAGUCGGGGCGCUGCUGACGUGGUUCCUGGUGCCCAGCUGUCCUGAUGAGAGUUGGCUGUGUUCGGAGGGCGAGAAGAAGUUCCUGACAUCUCACCGGCUGUGUCGGGUCACCUCCAUGAAGUCCAUGUCGGACAAACAGGCGAAGCCGGCGCGGACUCCGCUCUUGGCCAUAGCCACGAACCGUCAAGUGCUUAUCGUUGUGGGAACCUACUUCUUCUACAACUGGUUCUACUACUCGCUGAACACCACGCUGCCCACCUUCCUGAAGGAGACCAGUGGCGUCUAUCUGACCAAGAACGGCUUCCUCUCCGGCCUGCCCACCAUGUCCAUGUCUGUCGGAGUUGUGUUCGGUGGCCGGCUUCUUCAGUAUCUCAUCACUAGGUGGCAGCUCAGUCGCACCGUGGUCCGAAAACUUAUCACCAGUUUCGCCAUGCUGGUGCCGGCUGGACUGCUGGGCGUCAUGCUCGUCCUGCCUCCGGGCAGCACUUACACCACCAUGGCUCUGCUCAGCGUCAGCAAUGGUAUUAGCGUCCUGGUGGUCUCCGGAGGCCCGCUGUCAGCAGGGCCUGAACUGGGGCCGCAGUUCGCCGGCGUCAUCUGGGGCCUGGCCGGCUCCAUCGGCAACCUGACGGGCGUGCUGACGCCGAUGGUGGCGGCCGCCAUGACGCCGCACAAAACUCUACUAGAGUGGCGCUACUUCUUCCUCAUCUCGGUGGUAUUCAUGGUAGCCAUGAACCUCGUGGUCGUGCUGUUCUGGAAGUCGGAGCUCCAGCCGUUCGCCAAGACUGAGGACACACAGCCCCAGCCGCCUGUCCGGCACCGUUCAGAGGACAAUCCUCUUGAGGACAGUUCUCAGAUUAGCUCCUCGAACGAAGUGUAA